AUGCGUGCAUUGGUCAGCUGUUUCACUUCCCUUAGUAAGAACGAAAGUCUCGCUCUACAGAGAGAGCGAUGGAAUGAGAGUAUCACAAGAUUGCUGUUAACUGCUACCAACAAGAAUGACAUUUAUUUCUUGGGAUCUCCUCCUCCUCGUCUUCUAUGUAUUUCUCAUUCCCUGUGUGUGAGUGUGAGUGUUGAUCAUUUCCUACUUGUAUGUGUUACAGCAGGAGGAGACAUCCCUCUCCAGGUGACUGGCCGUGUAGGGGAGACUGUCACACUGACACCCCAUCUGAGUCUCACAUAUCCCAUUAAUACAGUCAUAUGGAUGUUUAAUUGCAAUGGGAAAAUAAUAAUCCUGGCUGAAUUCAGAGAGCAGAAGUUUAUCAGAGUGAAUAAUAAUUAUUUCAUGAACCGCCUGGAAGUAUCUAACAGUGGAACCUCAUUACAGAUCAGAGAGCUGAGAAUGGAGGAUAGUGGAGUCUUCACUGCACUGAUUCUUGUUAAUGGAGAAAUAAUAGAUAUUUAUUAUAAUCUCAAUGUGGCAGGAGGAGACAUCCCUCUCCAGGUGACUGGCCGUGUAGGGGAGACUGUCACACUGACACCCCGUCUGAGUCUCACACAUCCCAAUGAUAGAGUCACAUGGACGUUUCGUAACAAUGGGAAGAGAAUAAUCCUGGCUGAAUUCAGAGAGCAGAAGUUUAUCAGAGUGAAUAGGAAUUAUUUCCUCAACCGCCUGGAAGGAUCUAACAGUGGGACCUCAUUACAGAUCAGAGAGCUGAGAAUGGAGGAUAGUGGAGUCUUCACUGCACUGAUUCUUGUUAAUGGAGAAAUGAGAGAAAUAUCCUAUAAUCUCACUGUAUAUGAGUCCAUCCCUACACCAGUAAUAGAAAAGACAUUAGAUGUGAAUUCCACUGAUCUGUGUCAUCUUCAUUGUUCUGUCCCAUCCAACUCAACAAGUGUGUCCUACAGUUGGAUCUACAGAGAUAAAGACACUGACAUACUAUAUGCAAAUGGCAGCACAAUCAGUGUAUCACUGAAGGAUAAGACAUUGGGGACACAAUUUAUCUGUUUGGUACAAAAUCCUGCUCAUACCAACAAUGUGUCAGUCCCUUUAUAUCUAUGUGCUGAGACACAGACAGAGACACAAAGAAAAGAUGGAAUUUGCUGGAUUAAGAUAUAUAUUAUUCUUCCUGUUCUUGCUGUGCUCUCUGCUACUGUAAUAUUUGUUAUAUUUGUUACAGUAUAGAAACAAGAAAUAGUGACAGACCCAAACUACGAGGAGAUGAUGACCACUUUAUGGUAAUGACCCAGUAAUGACUUUUACAGUCCAAAGACAAUGAUGCAAUUGAGAUGGUGGAUUUUUGAUAAUAUGGCACUUCUUUACCAUUUAUAAAUGUAUAUUUUAUGUAUAGGGUUAUUAAUGUGCUGCAGAACAUUCAUUUGAGUUAUCAAGGUACUUUAAUGCCAUAGUUGGCACAGGAGUUCUUGCUUAGUAGAGUAGAUGGAAGGUCCUGUAGCCUAUCUCUUUGAUCAAUUGUCCCAGAAGACUUAGGCACCCAAUAUGAUCUUGUUUCUGCUUCUCAGACAAAAUAUUUAUACUGGAGACUGAU